AUGUCCCCCCCUGGCUCGGCCGCGGGAGAGAGCGCCGGCGGCGGCGGCGGCGGCGGCGGCCCCGGGGUCCCGGAGGAGCCCACAGAGGCGGCGGCGGCGGCGGCGGCGGACGAGGGCCCCGCCCGAGAGGAGCAGCGUCCCAUCCAGCCCUCUUUCACCAAGUCCCUCUGCCGUGAGUCCCACUGGAAGUGCCUGCUGCUCUCGCUGCUCAUGUACGGCUGUCUGGGGGCCGUGGCCUGGUGCCACGUAACCACGGUGACCCGCCUCACCUUCAGCAGCGCCUACCAGGGCAACAGCCUCAUGUACCACGACAGCCCCUGCUCCAACGGCUAUGUCUACAUCCCCCUGGCCUUCCUGCUCAUGCUGUACGCCGUCUACCUGGUGGAGUGCUGGCAUUGCCAAGCCCGCCAUGAGCUGCAGCACCGUGUUGAUGUGAGCAGCGUGCGGGAGCGCGUGGGCCGCAUGCAGCAGGCCACGCCCUGUAUCUGGUGGAAGGCCAUCAGUUACCACUAUGUCCGCCGCACCCGCCAGGUCACCCGAUACCGCAAUGGAGACGCCUACACCACCACCCAGGUCUACCAUGAGCGCGUCAACACGCACGUGGCGGAGGCCGAGUUCGACUACGCGCGCUGCGGCGUCCGCGACGUGUCCAAGGCGCUGGUGGGGCUGGAGGGCGCGCCGGCCACGCGCCUGCGCUUCACCAAGUGCUUCAGCUUCGCCAGCGUGGAGGCCGAGAACGCGUACCUGUGCCAGCGCGCGCGCUUCUUCGCCGAGAACGAGGGCCUGGACGACUACAUGGAGGCGCGCGAGGGCAUGCACCUCAAGAACGUGGACUUCCGCGAGUUCAUGGUGGCCUUCCCGGACCCGGCCCGGCCGCCGUGGUACGCCUGCUCGUCCGCCUUCUGGGCCGCGGCGCUGCUCACGCUGUCGUGGCCGCUGCGCGUGCUGGCCGAGUACCGCACGGCCUACGCGCACUACCACGUGGAGAAGCUCUUCGGCCUGGAGGGUCCCGGCUCGGCGAGCAGCGCGGGCGGCGGCCUGAGCCCCAGCGACGAGCUGCUGCCCCCGCUCACGCACCGCCUGCCGCGGGUCAACACGGUGGACAGCACGGAGCUCGAGUGGCACAUCCGCUCCAACCAGCAGCUGGUGCCCAGCUACUCGGAGGCCGUGCUCAUGGACCUGGCGGGGCUGGGGGCGCGCUGCGCGGGGGCGGCGGGCGGCGGCUACGCGCCCGCGUGCCGCUACGGCGGGGUGGGCGGCCCGGGCGCGGCGGGCGUGGCCCCGUACCGGCGCAGCUGCGAGCACUGCCAGCGCGCCGUCAGCAGCUCGUCCAUCUUCUCGCGCAGCGCGCUCAGCAUCUGCGCCAGCCCGCGGGCCGGCCCGGGGCCCGGAGGCGGCGCGGGCUGCGGGGGCAGCCGCUUCUCGCUCGGCCGCCUCUACGGCUCCCGGCGCAGCUGCCUGUGGCGCAGCCGGAGCGGGAGCGUCAACGAGGCGAGCUGCCCCACCGAGCAGACGCGGCUGUCGAGCCAGGCCAGCAUGGGGGACGACGAGGGCGACGACGAGGAGGAGGCCGGGCCGCCGCCGCCCUACCACGACGCCCUCUACUUCCCGGUUCUCAUCGUGCACCGGCAGGAGGGGUGUGUGGGCCACAGCCACCGGCCGCUGCACCGCCACGGCUCCUGCGUGGAGACCUCACUGUGACCCCCGGCCCCUGGCAGCCCGCCGCCCUCCCUCCCGCCUAGCGCACGACUGAGCUGCCUG